AUAUACUAUUUAAUUAUUAUAAAUAUGAUUGUAUCAGUAGGUACUGUCAAAUGCCAAAUAAAACUAAUAAUAAACUCAUCAGUACUAAAUUAAAAGUAGCUUUAAUAAUUAUUAGUGACUCCCUUGGGCCUGUCUUGCACAGCAAAGCUUUUCAAAAGAAGGUUUUAUAUUUCAAAUAGCCACUCUCAGUACUUUAAAGCAGCCAUCACAGAAAAUCUGGGUUCACAAAGGUAGGAUGCUGAAAAUGGCAAUAAUAAAAGGCAUCAUCCACUCCCGCCUAAAAUUCAAAGAGAGAUUUAUUAAAUUCUCUCUUGAUUUCGCCGCUUGUAGUGAAGUCUAUGAAGAUUUCUUCUUCUGCAGUUGAGAAACUCACUUGCAACUUGCUACCAAUUUGUCGUCAGCAAGAAAAUACUUUUUAAAAUUCUGUGCCAAACAACUUUCACAUACUGUUCUUCUUCCUUGUAUGUUUUGACAUACUCAUUCACAUUUGCAAACAUUUCUACUUUCUCACAUUUCUGCUCCACAGCUCCAAUUUUCUACAAAAAGCAUUAACUUUAUCACUGCUUUCCAACAUAUGUGUGUAACACAUAACACGCUGCACUAAGGGGAUUAGGAUGAAAAUUUUCAAGCGUUUAAGAAAAUGGUGGCUACUGGAGAUUUGAUUAAAGCUGUUGAGCGUUAUCCUGUUUUAUAUGAUUUCAAUCAUGAAGAUUAUAAAAAUAUUAGAGAAAAAGAUAAAUUAUGGGCAAAAAUAGGAUGUCAAAUAAAAUCAAAUGGUAAAAUAGCCAAAAAUAAAUGGAAGAAUUUGAAAGAUACAUAUGCAAAAUACUUAAAAACCCAUAAAAACGGCACUGCCCGUAAAACGAAAUGGUUAUGGGCUGAUGAUAUGAAAUGGUUUAAGCCAUAUCUGUCAUAUCCAGAAUUAGCUUCGUACAUUGUAAAAAAUGAAAGACAUGAAAAUAACGAACCCAGUACGCAUUAUAUAGAACCUGUUGAUGUACCCUUACCUGAAGCAACAGAAGACAGCUCUGAAGAGUCUCCAUCAGACUCAACACACUCCAUGUCAAAUAACGACCCAUUACGAGCUUCAUCAUCAAAUGAAACCGUAAAAAAAUCAAAAAUUGUAAAAUGUGUAGCACAGUCAAGUUCAUCAGUCGAAACUAUGAUUGGACGCUUAGAAAAUAAGAUUACCAUAGAACUAGAUGCAAUAGAUACUUUGUUUCUAGCACAUGCAAAAACUAUUAAGUCAUUUCCGCCAAGAAGACAAAUUAAAGCUAAGAUGAGAAUUGCUGAAGUUAUAAUGGAUGAGGAAUUGGAAAAUUUAGGAGAAUCGAAAUAAUUUUGAUAUUUAAAAUAUAUAAGCCGAUGCAUAUAUGGUAUUAAUAAAAUUGCUAGAUAACUUGUUGUAAU